GUGUCCAGUCUCGGUAGCAGCGUGCGCUCUGAGAAGUCUGCCUCUCUGGCUCGUCCUUCCCUCCUGCACCUCACACCUCUGAGCAGAGUGAACCGUGUGCCUGAGGACUGGAAACACUGACAAGAUCAGAAAUGCAAAACCAAGAAGCAGCAGAUUCUCAGAAUACUAAACAGUGUGUUAUUUCAGAGGAGAUAAUUUCAGAAGGAAAAUGGGUCAAGCUUGAAAAAACGACUUACAAGGAUCCUACUGGUAAAACUAGAACCUGGGAAACUGUGAAACGUACGACCAAGAAGGCCCAGUCUGCAGAUGGUGUAGCUAUCAUCCCCGUGCUGCAGAGAACUCUGCAUUAUGAGUGUGUUGUUCUGGUGAAACAAUUCCGACCACCCAUUGGAGGCUACUGUCUGGAGUUCCCAGCAGGUCUCAUAGAUGAUGGAGAAAGCCCAGAAGCAGCUGCGCUCCGGGAGCUUGAGGAGGAGACUGGCUACAAAGGUGACAUUGCUGAAUGUUCUCCAGUUGUGUGUAUGGAUCCAGGUUUGUCCAACUGCACCACCCACAUCGUGACGGUGACCAUUAAUGGAGACGACGCAGAGAAUGUCAGACCGAAGCCAAAGCCAGGAGACGGAGAAUUUGUGGAAGUCAUUUGUUUACCAAAGAAUGACCUGUUCAAGAGACUUGAUGAUCUGAUAGCUGAAGAACAUCUCACAGUGGACGCCAGGGUCUAUUCCUAUGCUCUGGCACUGAAACAUGCGAAUACGAAGCCAUUUGAAGUGCCAUUCCUGAAGUUUUAAGGCCAAAGAGUACAUUGACCAUGUCUCUGUAAAUGAGUCCACCAGGCCUUCUUCACUCAGACUUUGUAUUCAACUUAGUUUACUGUAGAUCCAAAAUGAGCUUUUUCAUAAAAUAAAAGCAGCACAGAAUGCA